UCGGCGGUGUCCGCGGCGCGGGCGGCUGCGGAGCGCCCUCCUCCCGGCGGGGAUGUUCCGGCCGCCGGGGGCGCGCCGCCCGUGGGAAGCGCGCUCCUAACGCCACCUGGGCGUCGCACGGAGCGCUCGGCGCGGAGCGGGCGGUGUGGGGUCUCCGGGAGCCGGGCAGAUCUUUAUGGUUAUGGCAAAGUCUUUCACCAGCCGAUGGUAUAAUGGACUGCCAGUUGGAUGAUACACAGUCGUCUGAAACAUGGUAUAUACUUCUCCUCUGCCGUGCCCGUGCCUACAUGCUGACACAGUACCCGUUUUGUUUCCAAAAGAGGAGUUCACAGAAUUACAGUGUCUGAUCCAACUAGCUGCUCUGAUGAUCCUCACUGGACCAUAUGGAAAAUUGCCAUUUUCUCUGUGCAGUGUGGUGAAAUCUGUGCAGAUGCCACAUCCAUUUGAAAGACUAUGUCAGAGAGCCACAAUGAUCAUGCAUAGUAACAGUUCAUCCUCGCUCCUUUUACCGAAUGUGAGCUCCUUCUGGAAGAGAGAUUCGCAUGGACUGGGACUCCUUGAUGAAGCAGCAUCACUCAUUGGCAGCUAUGAUUUCCCUCAGACCACAGAGAGUUUUCCUUUCUCUACUGUGGAAUCAACAAACAUGACCCUCAAUGCCACAAGCAAAGACCCUCUGGGUGGACACACUAUCUGGCAAGUAGUUUUGAUUGCUUUCCUCACUGGGAUCCUUGCCCUGGUGACCAUCAUAGGAAACAUCUUAGUGAUUGUUGCAUUUAAGGUUAACAAACAACUGAAAACAGUCAACAACUACUUCUUGUUGAGCCUUGCUUGUGCAGAUUUGAUCAUCGGUGUUCUUUCCAUGAAUCUUUAUACCACAUACAUCAUCAUGGACCACUGGGCUUUGGGAAGCUUGGCCUGUGAUCUUUGGCUCUCCAUUGACUAUGUCGCCAGUAAUGCCUCUGUCAUGAACCUCCUCGUGAUAAGUUUUGACAGGUAUUUUUCCAUCACUAGGCCACUGACAUACAGAGCCAAACGAACAACCAAAAGGGCUGGGAUAAUGAUUGGCUUAGCAUGGAUCGUCUCUUUUGUUCUUUGGGCCCCUGCCAUCUUGUUUUGGCAGUAUUUUGUUGGGGAGAGGACUGUGCCUCCUGACGAAUGUUUCAUCCAGUUUCUAAGUGAACCUAUCAUCACUUUUGGCACUGCCAUAGCUGCCUUUUAUUUGCCAGUCACCAUUAUGAGUAUUUUGUAUUGGAGGAUCUACAAGGAGACGGAGAAGCGCACCAAAGAGUUAGCAGGGCUCCAGGCCUCAGGCAGCGAAGCGGAGGCGGCGCGCUUCGUGCACCAGACAGGCAGCUCCCGGAGCUGCAGCAGCUACGAGCUGCAGCGGCAGAACAUGAAACGCUCCGCCCGAAAGAAAUACAGACGCUGCCACUUCUGGCUCACAAUGAAGAGCUGGGAACCCAGCACAGAUCAGGGGGACCAGGAGCAUAGCAGCAGUGACAGCUGGAACAACAAUGAUGCUGCUGCCUCCCUUGAAAAUUCAGCCUCCUCUGAUGAAGAAGACAUUGCUGCAGAGACCAGGGCCAUCUAUUCAAUCGUGCUGAAGCUCCCUGGUCACAGUGCUAUCCUCAACUCCACAAAACUACCCUCCUCGGAAGAUUUGCAUGAGUCAGGGGAUGAACUACAGAAAUCUGACACAGAAUCGAAGGAAAAGAAACCUAAAAAAUUGCACCCUCCCAAAGGUGUUCAGGAUGGUGGAAAUUUCCAAAAGAGCUUUACUAAGCUUCCAGUUGAACCAGAAUCAGAAGAGACAACCACAGCUUCUGAUGGCAUCUCAUCAGUCACCAAGACAUCGACAGCCCUGCCCUUGUCAUUUAAGGAAGCAACCCUGGCAAAAAAGUUUGCCUUGAAGACCAGAAGUCAGAUCACAAAACGGAAACGAAUGUCACUUAUCAAAGAAAAGAAAGCAGCACAGACACUCAGUGCCAUUUUGUUUGCCUUCAUCAUUACCUGGACCCCAUAUAACAUCAUGGUUCUGGUGAACACCUUUUGCAGCUGUAUCCCCAAAACUUUCUGGAACCUGGGGUAUUGGCUUUGCUACAUCAAUAGCACGGUGAACCCCAUGUGCUAUGCACUGUGUAACAAAACAUUCAGAAACACUUUUAAGAUGCUGCUGCUGUGCCAGUGUGACAAACGAAAACGACGCAAACAGCAGUAUCAGCAAAGGCAGUCCGUCAUUUUUCAUAAGCGGAUCCCUAGGGAGGCUUCAUAGAAUAGUAUUUUUUAAACAAAUAGAAAAAUAACGAAGCAGGGAUGUGAUGGGAUGGGACAGGAUAGGGUGGGAUAGGACAGAACAGGAUGGCAUGGGACAGGGCAGGAUGGGCAAAGUAGUAAGGGAUGAGACAGGAUGAGUUGAUGAGGGAAGGUGUGUCCAGGGUGCUGAUUCUGUGAUUUAGACAUGAAAGCAGCUGCCAGGCUUAUUUAUCCUUUCAAUAAAUCCAGUUUAAUAUAAAAGUCAAUCCACAUUCAAAAACUAAGAAACUUCAACAUUUUUACUAAGGAGUGAAAGAUUUAAUAAAGUUUUCCUAUGAAUCUGUGAGAAGCUGUAUAGCAAUUAUAAACCCAUUACUGAUGUGCCCAGCUCUUUGAUUAUAAUCAACUCUGGGAUCUCAGGUAAGCACAUCUAGCUAGCCCAACUUUUCUUUUUCCAAGGAAUCCAACAACUUUCAAUCCGAGUUACAUACAGAUGUAGGAAGCUAGUGAAACGGGAUUAUGAAAUUGAGACACUGUAUAGGUUGAAAAAUUGCCUCUUGUUGUCCUGGUAGAGCUUCCUGUCUACUUCUCUUCUGAUAUAUUGUUAAUUGUACCCCUUAUUCCUGAUUUCUGAGUAUCUCUGUGUGCAGCUGAUGUUAUAUGUGUGUGAGUGUGUAUGUAUGCCUAGCAUACAUUCACACCUCUGAAAUGCGCACAUACCAGGAAAGAGGUGACCUAUUUUUUCUAGCUUUUACAGGGCCCCCCAUCGUGAUUACAUGUAAUUGAAACUUUUUAAAAGUUCAAAAAUCAUGUUAUAAGUAUAUAACUCGUUAUUUGCCACCUGAAAUUCAAGUUUGUCUCUGGAACCAAAACAUAGUGUCCAUGUUUCAAACUGAGAAAACCAAAACAUAGCCUGUGAGUUUACAGAGUUUUAUAAUUGGGUACUUUCCCAGUAAAAUCUUAAUCUUGAGCUCAGAGUCUCUCCUCAAAGUAAUCAUUAAACGAUACAAAGGGGAAAGGAAUUGAAGGCUACAUUCAGGGAGGAGCAGGAAGCUGUCUUGGCAGGGCACAGGAUAAUAAUGAGAGCCCAGAGCUGGGCUGCACAGCACCAGUGCCCAAAGGGAGCUGCUCAGGAGCCAGGUAGGUGCAGCCAUCAGCAGCAGCGCCGUGUCCUGCUGGGGAGGCCGUGCUGCUGCCAAAGCACACCCGGCUCCUGCAACGCCUUGUCCUGAGCUGCACCGUGGGGAUGCACCGCCCUGCUCAGAGCCAGCUCACAUCCUGUGUGUGUGCAGCACCUCUACGGCUUCCCAUGAAAGUUCACGUUGUAACUUUCUGAUAAACGUUGGUGGAGCCCUGCUGCUUGCACUGUCUGCCCGGGUGAUCUUCAGAUGCAAAUGAUUUGUUUCAAAGAAAUGCUUUAUUUUUGCAUGUGAAGGAUGGUCACUAAAAAGUGUUUGUUGUUCACAACCUGUUUUAAAAAUCAUCAGGAGAAGUGCACCUAAAUCCGUUUGAUGCCAGGUUCUUCAGUGGUGUGAAAAAUGUGAUAUUGCCAAUUUGUAACCUGGCAAUUUUUGAUAAAGACAAUUUUAAAAGGGCUUUAAUAUUUAUAGUUUAGACAUGACCAGUAUUUCCUGGUAUUUGUGAGGUGGUCUGCACCAAACAUGAUUUAUAAAUGUCAGAGGUCCCCUGGGGAAAGGAUUGUACUUUAAACUGUUGCUCUAAAUCUGAUAUUUGAUUUAGUUACAUGUUGAAAGAUAAUUUUGUAUUCUCCUUUGAGCUGACCAAAACUACUUUUUUUUUUUUUUGUUGCUUAGACUCUUAUUUUGCUGAAAAUAAAACAAGUAUCUUAUUUUACAAAGGGGCAUCAGUGUUGUGAAUACAGAACUGAUGUUAAAGCUGCUUUUGUAUUCAGUGUGAGAUGGUGUUUACAGAUGAUUUUGACAACAGUGGAAAUAUAUUAAAUGGUGUCUGUGUAUCUAAACUAUUUAAUUUUGUGUUAUGUUCAUAUAAAGAAAUAUUUAUACAUAUUUCACCAAAUGUUUUAUUUAAUGUUGAUAAAUAUUGCUCUUCAGUCUUCAGCUGUAGUGUCCUUUUAAAGUGAUUCAUAAAGGUCUGCUUGAGAAAUGAAUAGACUAUUCCUAGCUUUCUUGUUAUUAAAAAAAAAUUCUCUUUUGUAUGAGUUGCUUAAAAUGUCUACCCUAAAGUAAUCUCAUAAAUUAUAUUGAACUCUACUGCAAGUACAAUUUUAGUACAAAAAAGAAAAAAGUUAAAGCUUCAUCUAUGUCACAAUUGCAUUUUGAACUAAAGUUACCGAAAUUGUUUUGCUGGUUUGCCACCCACAUACAAAGGCACCCAUGUUGCAAAGAAAAUUAAUUACCUUUAUUUAUAGAAAGAAGCAUAUAAAUGAAAAUUAUUCAUUACUCAAGUUGACCUAAAAAUGUUUUAACAUUUAAAUAUAUAUCUAUAUCUAUAUAUAUUGCCAUAUUAUUAUAUUCUGAUAUCUAGAGUAGUGCUGUGCCCCUAAUACACAAAAUGUGAGAGCAUGCAAGGAAGCCAAAGUUCAUCGGGGGAUUUAUGGUAUAUUAGUAUUGAUUUUAAAAUGGGAAACUAUUAUUUUUAUUGAAGUUAAGCUUCCUUGAAAGCGUCUGUCACCACUGUUUACAUAAUAGGAAGAGUUAAAUCCUUGGAUUGUUCUAACAGAGAAAUAAACAACCUGUCUUUUGAUGUGUGAACAGGC